CUUCUCCCUCCCCUCCGUCUCUACAUCUUGAACUUCCCCUAUCUCCUUCCUCUCUUAUAUCUCAGACUCUCUGGCAAACCGACUAGGUAGACGGGCGAGUUUUCACUCUCUGAACGAUCCGACUACAACUGGAACCAAACCAACCUCGCGAUCCGAUUACAGACGAAAUCCCCCAACCUAUCCGCAAGAAAUGCCCGCUUAACCACCACCACCACAGCACACAGCACACAGCACACAGCACACAGCACACACCACAUCUUACACCCCACAACCCCGCCCCAAAAAUGGACGCACAAGCCAUCCUCCUCAAACUAGGCUGGUCCGGCCCCGGCAAUCCCCUGAACCCCAACGCCCGGCCGGGCGCCACCUCAGGCCUGGGCCUGACGCGGCCGAUCCUCGUAGCGCGCCGGAAGGGCAACUCGGGCGUCGGCAACAAGACCACCAAGGACCCCACGAACCAGUGGUGGCUGCGCGGGUUCGAGGACGCGCUGAAGGGCGUCGGCGAGGCGUCGCGGACGACGGCCGCCGCGGACGUGCGCGCGCCCAACGCGCUGACGAGCGAGCUUUAUCGGUUUUUUGUCAGGGGGGAGGUCGUUGCGGGUACUCUUGGGGAUAUUCAUAAGGGAGAUGGAGAGGGGGAGGGGAAGAGGAAGAGGAAGAGGGAUGGGGAUGCUGAUGAUGGUGAUAAAAAUGGGAAGAACCACAGGGAAAAGAAGGAGACGAAGGAGGAGCGGAAGGCUCGGAAAGAAGAGCGGAGGAAGCGCAAGGAGGAGAGACGCGUGAAGCGCGAGGAGAAGAUGAAGCGCAAGGAGGAGAGGGAGGCGCGCAGAGCGGAUCGGAAGCUCAGGCGCGAGAAGAAGGCUGCUGCGAAGCUGUUGAAGCGCCGGACGGAGGGCGAGGAGGAUGCGCCGCGGCCCCAGUAUGAGGAUUAUCCGACGCCGCCGAUGACGGAGCAGGAGCAGGAGCAGGAGCAGACGGGGGUGAAAGUGAAGGCCCAGAAGAAAAAGGACCGCAAGGACAAGAAGACCAAGGAGGAGAAGAAGACACCAAAAGAGAGCAAGAAGAGGAAGACGCGAGAGGAGUCGUCGACAGAUGAGGCACCGAAAAAGGUGAAAAAGUCCCAAGCGGCGGAAUGAAGAACCCUUCCGGGAGGUUGGAUAUAUACAGUACACACAUUAGACUUCUUACAGAUACCCAUGGCUUGUUGCUUGGUUCUUGGAUUCGUAAAAUUUUGGCAUUGACAUUCCAUUCAUAAAUCAACGCAUUGUUUUUGAC